AUGAACGUUAUGGCAGCUAAACUUGACGACUAUGUGAUCCAGAGGCGGCUUUCACCUGCUCUAUUUGGCGAUGUGCUUUUGUGUCAACACAAGCCGACUGGUGACCUUGUGGCCGUAAAGCGCGUGCUACAGAGCGCCGCUAAUGCACAGCUCACGUUGGCCAGCAACAAAAAAGUGCGGGAGAAUGUAGCACUUGAGCGUGCGCUGUACCACCAGCUUAAUCGCGUAGGUGGUCAUCGCAACCUUCUUAAAUUACGCGAUGAAAUUGAAUACGAUGGCUACCUAUACCUCAUCUCGGACUUUUGUGCUCGCGGCGAGCUGUACGAACUCGUGAGUUCCGCUGAAGACGGCAGAUUGCCGUUGCUUGCCAUUACCAAGUACAUGCGGCAGAUCGCGAGUGGAGUCCAGUUCUUACACGCUAACGGAUUUGCGCACCGCGACUUAUCACUCGAAAAUGUUCUCGUGUCAGAUGAUGACCAGUGCCACGUGUGCGACUUUGGGUUAGCCGCCUCAACGAUUACGCCUAGCCACGAAACGGUGGGAAAACUUUUCUACAUGGCUCCCGAAGUGCUGGAAGGCGUGCAAUAUGACGCCACUAAGGCCGACGUGUGGUCACUCGGCGUUAUGCUUUUUAUCAUGUUGAUCGGUGCGCCACCUGUUGAAACUGCAUCAUUAUCGGACGCCAGAUACAGACUCAUCACGAACAAGGGGAUCAGGAAGCUUAUCGAUCGGUGGGGACUCACAGACGAUCUACCUGUUGCUGCUGUUGAUCUUAUUAGUAAAAUGCUUGAAGUCGACCCACAGCAACGUGUGUCAAUGGCUGACGUAGUUGCUCACCCAUUUUUAUUGCGCUGUAGCGCAAUCGCAGCCCCGCAGCCCCUUAUUGAUCCAACAUCUUUGUCGCGUGCUGUUUCACCCACUAAACAAACUUUACAGCCAGCAAUAUUGUGUCCAGCGGUCCCACCUACGUCCAUGCACUUGACAUGCCCCGAGCAUGACAGCACCCAGCGCAAUGGCUACCGUUUGCUUUUGUUCAAAAUUCAUCACUUCUUUUCGCGUCGCCAGAAUGGUUGCGUAAUGACCAUCAAUCGCAGUUCAAGAACAUCCAAACGAGCGCAGAUGAAGCGACUUUUGAACGCUACUUGA